GGCUGCUCUCUAUAGCAAAAGCAGGUGGCAAUAGCCUUUCUAGCGAUGGCACCAGGAAAUAAUUCAAGUCACAGCGUAAAAGCCACUGACCUCUGAUUGCCAGAUAGCAAAUUUAAUUAAAUGGGUAUCUGUAAAUACUGGUGUAUUCCCGAUACUGGGACCAGCACAGAGAUUGGUGUGUCUGUCUGCAGAUAAAAGGGAUGUUAAGAAGUUCCUGUGUGCUGCCCUGGGCCAGGCAGGAGGUGAAGGCAGACGCUGCCCAAGCAGUAAUCAUGGGAGGCACCGCAGCAGGGAUAGCCCUUCGUUACCGUCCUUCUCUUCUGCAUUUGUGGUGGCUGUGAGGCUACUUUGGUCCCUGGGAGGGGUAGAGUAGAUCCCAAGUUCUGCCCACAUCCUGCCAGUCCCUGCCUGUUUUCUUGCAGGGCUGUAGCCUGCAGAAAUGCAUUCCUCUGCAUGGGACAGAACUCACAAAUAAGGAAUGCUCCCUUCGCUGUGAGAUUCACACUAGGCAAAGGCAAUGCUCCUAUUUAUAACCUGUGGUUGAAGGGAAGUCUCUCAUUAAGAGUUGACAUACUAACUGUUGAAUGGAUUUAAAUGCUUUGGUAACAUUUAUUUCAAGAGCCUGUCCUCUGCAGAAAGGCUACGGAUUGGAUUUCUAAAGAGCUUCUCACCACAGAGAACAGACAGACUAAUGUGAGAAAGGAGAUACGGAGAUGUCCAUGAUGGGAAGAUGCUGUGUGCCCCAUCUCCUGGUUCUUCUCACAUUUGUGUUCAGCGGGGAGCGAAUUGAGGCACAAAGAGCAGGUUGCAAGAACGUUCACUAUGACCUUGUCUUCCUCUUGGAUGCCUCCUCCAGUGUUGGAAAAGAGAAUUUUGAGAAAGUUCGGCAGUGGGUGUCUAAUUUGGUGGAAACUUUUGAGAUCGGCCCAGACAAAACCCGUGUCGGUGUGGUGCGAUACAGCGAUCGUCCGACCACAGAGUUUGACCUGGGGAAGUACAGAACCCGUGAGGAAAUUCAAGCAGCUGCACGAAACAUUAAGUAUUAUGGGGGUAACACCAAUACUGGAGAUGCUCUCAGGUACAUCAACACCUACAGCUUUUCCAAAGAAGCUGGUGGGAGACUUAGCGAUCGAACUGUUAAAAAAGUGGCCAUCCUUUUGACUGAUGGAAGGAGCCAGGAUCAUGUCUUGGAUCCCGCCAGUGCAGCCCAUCAGGCUGGGAUUAGGAUCUUUGUUGUGGGUGUUGGUGAAGCCCUAGAAGAGGAACUUGAUGAGAUUGCUUCAGAGCCCAAGUCUGCUCACGUGUUUCAUGUCUCCGAUUACAACGCCAUCGAUAAAAUCCGGGGGAAGCUGAGAAGACGUCUCUGUGAAAAUGUCCUUUGUCCAAAUGUCCAUGUGGAAGGAGACAGAUUCAAACACACCAGUGGGGGGACUGAUGAGAUUCCAGGAUUUGACCUUAUGGAUUCAUUCAGCGUUAAGCAAAUUUUUGGCAUGAAAGAAAAUGGAAUUCAGAGUGCUUAUGUUCGACUUGGAAGCUUUCCUGUUGUUCAGAAAACUGAGGAUGUAUUUCCCCAAGGUCUCCCUGAUGAAUAUGCCUUUGUAACUACCUUCAAAUUCCGGAAGGCUUCCAGGAAAGAAGACUGGUAUAUUUGGCAGAUUAUUGACAAGUACGGCAUACCACAGGUCUCGAUCCGGCUGGAUGGAGAGAACAAAGCUUUAGAGUACAACGCUGUUGGGCUCACCAAGGACGCUGUGAGAGUGGUCUUCCGCAAUGAACGAGUCAGUGAUCUGUUUGACCGCAGCUGGCACAAAAUUGCCCUCAGCAUUCAGUCAAAGGCUGUCUCACUCUACAUAGACUGCAGACUGGUGCAGGUGUUGCCUAUUGAAGACAGGGAAAACAUCGACAUUCAAGGAAAGACUGUGAUUGGCAAACGCUUGUAUGAUAGUGUCCCCAUUGAUUUUGAUCUUCAACGGAUGGUUAUUUACUGUGAUUCUCGGCAUGCUGAGCUGGAGACCUGCUGUGACAUUCCCUCUGGACCAUGCCAGGUCACGGUCCUGACUGAAGCACCUCCAGCGGAAGUAAGGCCCACUGUUGGUAGCGAGCAAGUUGGCCACCUCAAGACAUUCAACUGCUCCUGCCCUGCUGGACAAAAGGGGGAGAGAGGUCCAAUUGGCCCUGCAGGUCCUAAAGGUCAAAAGGGAGAAAGUGGCACCCAAGGGCUUCCUGGGCUCAGAGGAGAAAAAGGAGAGUCAGGUAGAAUCUAUGGCAGAGGAGAAAAAGGAGAGAAGGGUGAAGAAGGGUCCCCCGGCUUUCCUGGACUGAAAGGGGAUAAAGGAGAAAAAGGGUUCCUGGGCCCACCUGGCCUCCCUGGGAAGGAUGGAGCAAAAGGAGAAGCCGGUGAACCAGGACAACCAGGAGCAUUUGGACUGCCAGGGCCAGCAGGUCCAAAAGGAUCCGAGGGAAAGCAGGGUCCUCCAGGAAUUAAAGGCUAUGUGGGUGCACCGGGUCUACAAGGAGAAAGAGGAGAAAAGGGAGCACGAGGAGACAAGGGAGAGCGAGGCCUAGAUGGGUUCCCUGGAAAGCCAGGUCUGGAGGGAAAACAGGGCCCUGCUGGAAGCCCCGGCCCUCCAGGUGCCAGUGGAACCAAAGGAGAAAAGGGUGAACCAGGACCUCCAGGAUUACCUGGCUCUUUAGUACAUAUUGAAGGCCUAAAAGGAGAGCAAGGAAUGCCUGGGCCACGAGGACCACAAGGCCAACCUGGACUUCCUGGACCUCCAGGAGAGCCUGGUCUGGAAGGCAAGCCUGGAAUCCCUGGUGUACCAGGUCCAAGGGGUAAAAAGGGAGAACCAGGAUUCCCAGGAAUCAACGGUCUGAUAGGCCCUCAGGGACCUCCAGGGCCCCCAGGCGUUGCUGGACCUCCUGGAGCACCCGGAGCACCAGGGCUUCCAGGAGAGAUUGGAGUUUCUGGUAAAACUGGAGCACCGGGACCACCUGGGUUGCCUGGCAAAGAUGGAUUCAAUGGGCUUCCUGGGCUUCCAGGUCAAAAGGCAAAACAAGGGGAAAAGGGUGAGGAAGGCUUUCCUGGAAAACCUGGCUCUAAGGGUGAACCAGGGAGCCAUGGCCAACCUGGAGAGCAGGGUGAAGCAGGUUUUCCUGGUCCUCAGGGUUUACCUGGGCUGAAAGGAGAAAAAGGAAACCAGGGAGAAAAAGGAAAAGAUGGCUUCCCAGGUUUGAAGGGUGAAAGAGGAGUAAAGGGUGACACAGGUUCCCCUGGGCCCCCAGGCUUACCUGGAACAACAGCCUUCUUCACCCCACACCCCAGGAUUCCUGGUGAACCUGGACCAAAAGGGGAGAAAGGAGAUCGAGGAACAAGCGGAGAACCUGGAUUACCUGGGAUUCCAGGUGAAAAAGGUGCCCCAGGACCUGCAGGAGCAGAGGGCACAAAGGGGCAGAAAGGAGCCCGAGGAGAAACCGGAGCCCCUGGAGAGACUGGUGUGACUGGACCAGCAGGACCCCCAGGUCCAAGAGGCUUACCAGGAAAUGUGGGUGUGCCUGGACACCCAGGGCUACCAGGAAAAGAAGGAGAAAAAGGGGAAAAGGGUGAUCCUGGAAAAGAAGGAAAAAUGGGUUUACCUGGUCCGGCUGGUGAGCCAGGGCGUGCUGGGGAGCCGGGUUUACCUGGUAAGGGUAAAGAUGGAGAGCAGGGGCAAAGAGGCCCUCCAGGCUUGCCAGGACCCUUUGGACACAAGGGUGAGAGGGGACCUCCCGGCCUCCCUGGACAGCCAGGAGACAGAGGUGCUCCAGGAGUUGGGCUGGCUGGACCCCCUGGCCCAGUGGGACCUCCAGGAGACAAAGGGUCAUUGGGUCCCCGUGGUGUACCUGGUAUCCCUGGACCACAGGGCCCGCCUGGCCAGGAUGGUCUACCUGGAAAUCCAGGGGAAAGAGGACCUCCUGGAAAACCAGGCUCCCCACCCCUGCUCUCUCCAGAGGACAUAAAUCUCUUAGUAAAGGAUGUGUGUGCUGAAUGCCCUCCUGGCCCACCAGGAUUGCCAGGCAUCCCAGGUUUCAAAGGUGAUAAAGGUCUCCGAGGACCACCAGGGAGAGACGGCCAGGAUGGGAAAGUGGGGAACGCUGGUCCCAGAGGUCCUGCAGGCCCACCUGGGCUUGAUGGCCCAAAGGGUGCUAAAGGAGACCGUGGAAUGACUGGGGAUACGGGAGAAAAAGGUGAACAGGGUCACCCUGGAAUGCCUGGCUUCUCAGGGGCUCCUGGAAACCCUGGUCCACCUGGCCCAGAUGGAGCACCAGGACCAAUAGGACCAGCAGGAAACCCAGGAGACACAGGUAAAGAUGGCCCUCCAGGUCCACAGGGCCCACCAGGAUUGCCUGGACUUCCAGGCAUUGCUGGGAAUGAUGGCAAGGAUGGCAAGCCAGGAUCUCUUGGGGAACCGGGAAAGCCUGGAGAACCAGGUCUUCCAGGCCAGGAGGGUGCCAGAGGCUUACCAGGUUUCAAAGGACAAAGAGGAGAUACAGGUCCUCCAGGACCCCGGGGGGAGCCAGGUGUGAUAGGCCCUGCUGGUCGUGAGGGGCCACCAGGGAAGGAUGGUGAUACUGGCCCCAUAGGACCACAGGGCCCUCGAGGACCCAGAGGGCAGCCGGGCAAGAAUGGAUCACCCGGAUCUGCAGGAGAACCUGGCCCAGCAGGUAACCCAGGUCCCAAAGGAAAUAAAGGAGAAAGUGGCAACCCAGGACUACCUGGCUUCAUAGGACCCCGAGGACCACCUGGAGAGCCAGGAGAGAAGGGUCCUCCUGGAAAAGAGGGUGCACCAGGGAAAACAGGGGAAACUGGCUCCAAAGGAGAGAGGGGAGAGCCAGGAAUCAAAGGUGAAAAAGGCCCUCAAGGAGAAAAAGGCCCUCCAGGUGAUCCUGGGAUACCUGGUCACAAAGGCCAUCCAGGACUGAUGGGUCCCCACGGACCCCCGGGAGACACUGGGCAGGUUGGACCUCCUGGUCCUCCAGGACAACCAGGAUUUCCAGGACCAAGGGGGGAGUCCCCAUCUCUAGAGACUUUGAGAAGGCUCAUCCAGGAGGAGUUAGACAAGCAGCUUGAUGCAAAGUUAGCCUAUCUCCUGGCUCAGAUACAGCCUGCACAUGUCAAAGUGUCCCAUGGCAGACCAGGACCUCCUGGUCCCCCCGGGAAGGAAGGACUCCCAGGAAGAACUGGCCCUCCAGGAGAGCCUGGCCGGCCUGGACAGACUGGGUCUGAAGGGCCACCUGGACCUAUUGGUCCCAAAGGAGAAAGAGGAGCAAAGGGUGAUAAAGGAGACACUGGUGUUGGCCAGCGAGGGGAAAUAGGUCCUCCAGGAAUUCCAGGUCUCCCAGGGGAGCCUGGCUAUGCCAAAGAUGGGAUGCCAGGACCACCAGGCCCUCAAGGUGAAGCUGGUGUGCCUGGUCUCAAGGGUCCACAGGGACCUCCAGGAGCUAAUGGACAGUGUGACCCCACACAAUGUGCUUACUAUGCAAGCCUGGCUGCCAGACCUGUCAACAUCAAAGGGCCAUAGCAUGCAGGGGUUAUUCCCAGACUUGUCUUUGAAACUUGAAUUCAUCCCACCUGCCAAGAGCUCUCAGAUGCCUUCAACUGUGUUUCUUUCAUAGGAGGCCUUCUAAAGCCAACAAAUGCUGCCGGUCGGUCAGAUUAUUUUUAUGAAUUAUAAUAAUAAUAAUUAUUAUUAUCUUUGAUGUGAUAUGUGAAUUUGUUUUUUGUUUCCUCUAGCAUCAGGGCAUAUUAAAACAUUAAAAGUAAGUGAAUUUUCCUCUUUUGAAGAGCAUAUAAUACCAAUGCAUUGUGUAGCUGUUUAUGCAAAGCCAUUCCAAUGUCAACAAUUUGUUAUCUUGGUUACCUCUUUCCGAAGCUUUACCCCUCACCCUUGAAACUGCAAUCAAAUCCUGUAUCCCAUGACAUUAACUGUGAGACACAGGUUCAUCACAGGCUUGUUGGUGCUUUUUGCCUCUCACAUGGAGGCGAGGUAGGUAAAGCCUUGCCAAAGCUGGAAAAGAGGUCUCCAGUAUGUUCACCUCACAAUGGACAGUUAUGAGUUGCCAGUGUGUGUUUCCCAAAAGAUCCUUAUUAAAUGGAAUAUUCUUCUGCCCAUAAAUGAAUCUGUAUACUAUUGGAGAUCUUUUUAAUGGGACCAUGUGUGAUCUCACACUAAGACCUGAAGAGACCACAUAGAUGAUGUAAACCUCCUUACUGCUCCUUGUGCAAGAACUUCAAUACUCAGAUGGUUUAGUCCUACCAGAUGGAGCUUAAAUUCCUUCUGUUGUGGAGAUGCAUCUGCAAAAAGCUUCCAUGAUGUCCCCUAUCAGCUCAGGGAUGCCAAAUCCCCCGUUCAUUGUCAGUGCACACACCGCUCCCUUCCACUGCUUCACCCAAAAAUCAGCCAGAGCAGCACAGGAAGACCCCUGGUGUUAAUCUCAGGAAGCCAAGUGUGACCUAACUCACCAUUUUGAAUGAUCCACUACAAUAAUUUGGCAAGAUGAUGUUUUAGAGGGUAGGUAAAGAAUUGCAGACUGUUUGAGGACGAGGUUGGUCUCUGAUGAGAGAGUCAGAGCAAAGAGGUGUUGAGAAACCUGGAGGAAACUGUGUUUGAGGGCAAAAGCAAUACAUCAGACCCACAUCCUUUUCCCCUGUCAGCUAAUUGCCAAAAUCAACCUGAGAAUACAAAGAAAGUAGAGGGGAUGGAGUCUGAAAAGCCCAGAUUUAUGGGCCAGCCAACAAAGCAGCUGCAGCUUCAAAACUCUUCUGUACAAAGCAGUUUGUAGUGAGAGAUGAGAGCGAUGAACCUGACACAGGCAUUUAGUGCUGAAUGUGUCUGGAAAUCUCAUCAGGUCUUUUGGAGACAGCAGAGAGGCACCCUGCCCUGCUGGCACAUUCAUAUGGCAUGGUGCUUCCAAGCUGGCUAAGCCAAGCAGAAGCCACAGAUGUCUGUAACCAUCCCAGAGUCAGACCCUGAGGCUAAAGCCCAGAUAUAACAUUUUGCCAGCCUUGGAGUCUUUUUUUCACCCAGUAGCAGAUAAAAUUUGCCUCUUCUUUACUGAAAAAUGAAAUAACAUGUUCUCAUGUGAGGGUUAAACAAAGUCUUUACUGUGUAGCUCUUAAUGGUGCUAUUUUUGCUAUUUCCUGUGCAAAUAAACUCUUUGAUUUGAUUUUA